AUGAACAUUCCCCCCGACGCUCCUUUGGAGCCACCGCCGCCCCGUUCCGCUGAGCUUAUCGAGAAUCCCUCCGUCGGCACGGUUGGCGUUGAAGUUCACUUGCCCCCUUUUUGGACAAAGAACCCUCGGGCAUGGUUCCUGCAAAUCGAAGCCCGGUUUGCUCUUCGUCGCAUCACCUCGCCGCUUACAAAGUACUUAAACGUCGUGUCUGCUCUUCCUCCGGAUAUCGCUGAUCAAGUGGAUUAUCUCCUGGCCGCCCCUUCGCCCGAUAAUCCUUACGAGCAACUCAAAGAAGCCAUUCUAACCCGCACCGAGUGCUCAGAACAGUUGCGCACUUGCCAACUACUCUCUGGUGAGGAAUUGGGUGACUGCAGACCGUCGCAGCUCCUCCAUCGCAUGCAGCAGCUGCUUGGCAGCGCAGCCGACACUCAGCUGCCAAUAUUGAGGGAGCUUUUCCUCCAGAGGCUACCACAGCAAGUGCGCAUGGUGCUAGCGGGCUCAGAAGAGGUUUCCCUUGAGCACCUUGCUCAGCUUGCGGACAGGAUUAUCGAGCAUUCCUCUACUAUCUAUCGCGCCUGUCUCCCGUGCAACUCCCGCUACCUCUUCCUGUGCCGCUGA